AUGUCGGAGUUAUUCCAGCUGACAGGGAAAAAUAUUAUCAUCACAGGAGCUGCUGGGAGUAUUGGUACUCAAAUAGCAAUUCUGUUCGCCAAGUCUGGAGCGAACCUGUUGCUGUCCGAUGUGUCAAACAAAGCCCUUGAAGACCUGCGGCAAAAUGUGGAACGUCACGGACCGCAUCCCGGACGAAUUGACUACAAGACAUGCGAUGUGUCUAACGAAGAUGACGUUGCGGCUCUGGUCCAGUACUUAGACCAACACGGCGGCGUCGAUGUCAUGCUCAAUAAUGCUGGCGUCUUCCCCCACGAAGAUGGCGAUGCGCUUGAAGUAACCCAAAAGGCUUGGGAUCUCACGUAUCAAGUCAAUGUCAAGGGAACUUGGCACGGGUGCAAACACGCCGUCUUGAGCAUGCGGAAGCACGGAAAGGCCCGGGGAAGUGUGAUCAACACAUCCUCGGUUGUUGGCUUGAUUGGUUCUGCAACAGCCCAACUAGCCUAUACCACCAGCAAGGGUGCCAUUAUUGCUAUGACGCGAGAGCUCGCCAUAGUACAUGCAAGAGAAGGCAUCAGGUUCAAUACGUUGUGCCCGGGGCCGCUGAACACCCCUCUCAUGCAAGACUACCUGGGUACGAAUGUGGAGAGGAGAGCACGCAGGGAAGUUCACUUGCCCCAAGGAAGGUUUGGCGAACCUAUCGAGCAAGCCUCUGCGGCGCUAUUUCUUGCCAGCGAUGCGAGCUCAUUUGUUAAUGCUCAAGAGCUUGUGGUAGAUGGAGGGUUAACCAAGGCAUAUGUAACCCCUGAAGGCUCGGCACACGAGAGUAUCAAGAAUUUUGCAACCAAGUAG